AGGCCCGUGCGACCCAGGGAGCCCCAAGCCCGGACCCCCAGUGGCCUGCAACCUCAGCUCCCUCAUCUGCCACCCCAGACACAGGAGAGGGCGAGCCUGCCUUCUGCUAUGGGCCGUCCUCUCCACGAUGGUGGCCGACGGCACCCAGGCCCCCGUCGACACUCAGGCCUCCGGAGACCCCAUGCCCAGCUCCUGCGGGUGGGCUGUGUGCUGGGUACCUGCCAGGUGCAGAACCUCAGCCACCGCCUGUGGCAGCUGGUAGGGACAGCUGGCCAGCGAGACUCAGCUCCUGUGGACCCCAGCAGCCCCCACAGCUACGGCUGACGUGGACCCUGGACACCCUGUGGUCCCAGCCCAGCUGGAGCAAGGCACCCAGAUCCUAGAGCUAUGGUGGAGCUCCCUACCUGGUCAGUCCCUGGAGCUGUGGGCAGCAGCUGGUCCUGAAGCAACUAUUACCACACAGCUUUGGACACGUAAACCCAUGCAUGGUGGUAACACUGUGUCUGCGCGUUGAGGGGCUGAGCACCCCAGAACUCUUCACACUCCGGGACAGGUGCUGGGCAGAGGUGGCUAACACAGGGGAGGGGGCUUCCCAAGUCAGGGAGCAGAAGUCAGGGUCCCGGACACACAGGACCCUUCUGAGCAAAUCAGAGGCUGAAGAGGCCCAGUGUGGCCUGCUGUGGGCCUGGCUGGUACCGCUCCCCAGGGUGACUCACCUCGGUGUAUGACCUCAGCUGGGUCCAGGAACUCUCCCUCCCUAUGCCCUGAAACAUGAUGACAGUGUUCCCCAGGACUGGAUGAGGGACACAGUUGUGAAGGACCUCUGCAGCUCCCAUUGCCAAUCCUGGAGCUCAGGUUGAGGAGACAGUGGAGACCCCCCUGGGUCCCCUGUGGGCAGCCAGGGAGGUGGCACAGGGACUCCAAGCCACUUCUGAGCCAUUUUGGGCCAACCCCAAGUGGAGACUCCCCUUCCUCCCCUGAUGCGGGGGGGAGAAGGACAUGGGGAGGGGACACGAUCUCCCACUGAAAACAAAAAGCAGAAAAGAAGGACCUAAGGAAUACUUAUGCCACCUUGAGGCAGGUUGGGGGAAGCCCAACUGGGGGUCCAUAGGCGUCCCAUGUGGACACUUGUAGGACAUGAGUGGGAAUAACAGAGGCCAGAUAGGCUCAUUCCUGGACCUGCCACGAGCCAGGCAGCUUUGAGUGUCAGCAAGGAGAAGCACAGUGAAGGAGCAGAGUUCUUGGUGCUUCCCUGUCCCUGGUGGGGCCUUUGCAUAUGUUAGUCAUGUCACAAUUAUUCUUAGGUACUGCCUGGCAGAACCCAGGAUCAGAAGGGUUGUUUGUCACUUAGCAGGUGCUCACACACCACUUAACUUGCAAAUGCUUGCCAGCAUCACUCUAUCAGCCGCCGUGGCAGAAGCACCUCACUACCUCAGCCAUGUAGCGGUCAAGGAUAUGCCCUGGUCACUGCAAAGGCCACCUUCAGAGCCUGCACCCAGGGUCUCUGGCGGGCCACCCCUUGGGUCCCAGAAGUGCCCAUCUGGGCUCCUGUCCUGUGUUCUCAGGCAACUCAAGAGCCACCUGAUCCAGGUGAACCACCUUUCUUGCACUGGGCCCUGGGACUGAGUGAGCCUUACUACACAGGGAGCCAGACCAAGCUUGAUAGUGUAAGGUGAUCCCUGUGCCUGCAGCACAGUGAGACAGAGAAGCAGGCUCUCACUGAGUUUGGGGGAAGCGGGGCCCUCCAGACAAGAAGUUGCUCUGGGGUGAAGCAGCUGAGUGAGGCUGGAGUCACGUGAGUGGCCAGGAGCCCAACCCUGGGUUGUGUGCCCUAUGGCCACUGAAGGUGCUGUAGAAGCAGGUGGGCAGUGGUGACAGACCGUGGGGAUCUGGGAGUGAAGGCAGAAAGGCGUCCAGGGCCAGCUGGGCAGGGGCAGGAGCUCAGUCCCAAGACUCAGCUCCCCCAUGCCUCGCCAAGGCUCCCCAUGCACUGGGCAGAGUCCAAUCUCACAUUCCACUCCUCAGCACAAAAUGUUCCCCUUUCUGGGAACUCCUGACACCUCCCACACCCCCAAUCCUGUGCCCUAUGGCCCAGACUCCAGGUUGGGCUGCCGGAAUUCCACGAAUGGUCUCAGCUAGAGCCCCUGAGCCUCGGACUUCUCCCUGAAGGUGGGGGACCGUGGCCUGCACUGUCUACACCUGUCACAACCCACAGCCUUGCAUCUGACACAAUGUCAGCUCCCACACCGUGCUCCAAUACUCGGGGAUGCCCCCUCUGAGAGUUCAGAGGUGCGGCCUCGACUUCCGCCUUGCGACCUCUGGGCUGCACAUUCCCACUUCCCUUCUCACACCGAGACACAUCCUGUUGGCCUGUUCCUAAAACCCCUCCAGGCACUGGUGCCUUCUCUGGACUGGGCACCACCUGUUUUGGUGGCAAUAUCUGAAGUCUCCUGGAACCCCUUACCCUCACCUCCACUCCCACAGGCACAGACAGGUAGCACGUCACAGGUUGAUGUGACAGCCUGCAGCUUGCUGUCUUCCGUGGUGAGGGGUCUCCCCAACGUCUAUUCUCACACAGCUGUGCAAAGAAUCUGUAGGGUCAACUACAGGCUUCUUGCACAGAGCUCUGACCCUCACGAUCCACCCUGUCAGAUUCUCCACUCUGCCCUCUUUGUGUGAGAUGGCCACUUUCCAAGCAGGAAAGUGUGUGUCCACAGGACCAGCUGACCAUGAAGCUCUGUUUCCCAAGUCCUGGUAAGGAGGCACACGGAGGACCUCGCCAAGAGCCCUUCCCUCUCCUCACCAAACUGCAGACGGGUGCCCUAGGCCCAACCUUGCCCCUGUCCUUGCUAGGCCUACCUAGCCUUCGCCCAGGAUGAUGGAGAAUCUUCCCACCCUCUAUAGUACCUGCCCACCUCCCUCCAUAGGAAUCCAGUGAGAGCUCUCCAACCAUUGGUACCACAGCAGUUUCUCACAGACCCUCACUCUGCUCAUUGGUUGUGAAUCCCAGCCAUCCUGGUUUGUAUCCAGUCAUCUCCCUGCCUAUUGCAACACUCUUGAAUAAAGUUUUCCUUGCCAUUUUAACAAGUGA